UGCACCUUUCCCUUUAUGAAUUCCAUUGAGUCAGACGGGUGGUUAUUGGACGAACUGUGUGCUAUGUUUGUAUUUCCCAAAAUCUGAAUGCUCCGUCAGACAAUGUUGCUGAAGUUUAGGAUCACUCUGCUGCUCUUGCUCCUUGCAGUCAGAUGUGUUGCACAGGAAUUAGCGCAAAGUAAAGGAUGUGUGUGUGGAUACCCUGGAAUACCGGGUGAUCCUGGCCACAAUGGUACACCUGGCAGAGAUGGCCGUGAUGGACUCAUAGGUGUCAAAGGGGAUCAAGGUGAUGCUGGUCCUGCUGGUGCAGCAGGUAAUGAUGGCAACAAGGGAGACAAAGGAGAAUCAGGUACUACUGGUCCAGCAGGUUCCAAAGGAAAAAAGGGAGAUAAUGGAGAACGGGGCUCUCCUGGGAAAAUGGGGCCCCAAGGAGUGCAAGGGCCCAUUGGCCUGAAAGGGAAUAAGGGUGAUCUCGGGAUGCCUGGACCUCAAGGACCUAAAGGAGAUUUUGGGCCACCUGGACAUGGAGGUUCAAAGGGGGAAAUUGGCCUCCGAGGCGACAGGGGAAUUCAGGGACCAUUGGGCCCCCCUGGCAAGCCAGGCCCUAAGGGAGAUAUUGGUGUUCCAGGUAACAAAGGGAAUAUCGGUUACCGUGGCGACAGAGGGACUCGAGGGGAAAAGGGCGAUAGGGGUGAAAAAGGAGAUGCCCUAAUCAUCCCUAAAAGCGCUUUUUCUGUAGGACUUACAGCACAAACUAAACUUCCCACCCCUAAUGCACCGAUCCGAUUCGACAAGAUUAUUUACAACGAUCAGAAUCACUACGAUCCACAAACAGGGCGGUUCACGUGCUCAGUGGCAGGUGCGUACUACUUUACCUACCACCUCACCGUGUAUACCAGAAACGUGAAAGUCGCUCUGGUGAAGAAUGGGGUUAAAAUCAUCCACACCACGGAUAAUUACCAGGCCAGCGAGGACCAGGCAGCAGGGGGCGCUGUGCUGCACCUGCAGGUGGGGGACAAGGUGUGGCUUCAGGUCGUUGGGGGAGAACUGUUCAAUGGCCUCUUUGCUGAUGAAGAUGAUGACACCACUUUCUCUGGCUUCAUACUCUUUGGAGCUUAAUUUAGACUUUUUUUCAUGAUACUUUCCAUAAGAAAGCAUAAAAUGCCUUAAAUAAAUACAUGUGAGUGUUUAAUCCCUUCUUCAGCACCUCAUUUUUAUUCAUUCUGAUGAUGUUUCAAAUUCUGUUCAUUAAAUGAUAUUAAAAUUAAAAUACUGCCAAUAAUUCUGUAUAUU